AUGGGAUGUGGCUUCACAAAAUCCGAGCAGCAGCAGCAGCAGCUGAAGAAAUGCAAUCGAGCCAUAAGGUCAGCCCUGCUGAUCCAGCGCUGGUACCGUCAGUACGUGGCCCGGCUGGAGAUGAGGCGCAGAUGCACCUGGAACAUCUUCCAGUCCAUCGAGUACGCAGGCGAGCAGGACCAGAUCAAGCUGUAUAAUUUCUUUGGCUACCUCAUGGACCACUUCACCCCAGCCAGCAGUGAGAGAAAUCUCAUCUCGCACCUGUUCCGUGAAAACGACAUUUGUCGUGACGUUGAGUGGGAGAGAUACUUCUGCUACAAGAGCAUUGAGAUUGCUGAUAUCUACAGCGGGCCAAACCUCACCUUCCCUAUGACCUUCUCCAACGCAGCAGAGCUGGUCGAAGCAUUCCAGAACCACCAACAGCUCCAUUCUCGAUACGUCCUUCAGCUUCUUGGGGAAACCUGGAGGCUUCUUCGAAUCCUCCCCAACAUAAAUCAGGUCUCCACCUGCAAAAGCAGGGAGAUUACCAUCUGUGGAGACUUACAUGGGCAUCUUGAUGAUCUGUUGCUGGUCUUUUAUAAGAACGGUCUGCCAUCGUCUGAGACGCCCUACGUUUUCAAUGGAGACUUUGUAGACCGAGGCAAAGACUCCCUUGAGAUUCUCCUCAUCCUCUUCGCUUUCCUCCUGGUGUAUCCCAAUGAUGUCUUCCUGAAUCGGGGCAACCAUGAGGAUCACAUCGUUAACCUGAGAUAUGGCUUCACCAAAGAAGUUCUGGGGAAAUACAGGGUUCACGGUAAGAAAAUUCUGAAGCUUCUCCAGAAGAUCUUCAGUUGGUUGCCGCUGGCGACGGUGAUCGAUCAGAAGGUGUUGAUUCUGCAUGGAGGCAUCUCUGACACGACAGAUCUUCACCUCGUCGCCCGCGUGGACCGACACAAAGUGAGAGCUCUGCGUCUCACCGACAAACACACUGUCAACUGGAUAUCCGCCCUCAAAGGUCAAGGGUCAGACUCUGAUAUGGAGGACGAAGGCGACCUCCCCAGGAACGCCGAUGGCCGUCGACGGGUCCGCUCCCUGACCCACUGCAGCUCCACUCCGACCUACAGGCCCGACCUGCAGCGCCGCUCCCUGCAGACCAGCUCCCCUCGCAUCAGCGUGGAAAGGGAGCUCAAGGAGAGACGGCGGCAGGCCGGCUUCAACCAGUCCUACGGCGAUCUCCGGAGCUCCUUCCUCUCAGAGUCCGACUCCGAUUCCGGAGAGGCUGUGGAGACGGACGGGGACGAGUGGAAGCAGAUCGUGGACCUGCUGUGGAGUGACCCCAUGCCCCAGGACGGCUGCAUCCCCAACAAGGUGCGCGGCGGAGGGUGCUACUGGGGUCCCGACGUGACCGAGAAGGUCCUGGGAAGACACAACCUGCAGCUCCUCAUACGCUCCCACGAGUGCAAGCAGGACGGCUACGAGUUCUGCCACAACCGCAGGGUUCUAACCAUUUUCUCAGCAUCAAACUACUACGAGUUGGGGAGUAACAGAGGAGCCUACAUCCGAUUGGGCCCAGACCUCACGCCCCGCUUUAUCCAGUACCAGGCUAGCAACACCACACGGGAGUUCACAAUGAGGCAAAGUGUCGGGAGGACGGAGCGCUCUGCUCUCCGGGCUCUGAGGGAGCAGCUGUUUGCACACAAGUCAACCCUCGUCAGCGCCUUCCAGGAAUACGACCCCGACAACACAGGGCUGAUAUCUCUGAAGCACUGGGCCACUGCCCUGGAGGGGGUGUUGAGGCUGGGUCUACCCUGGAGGGUGCUUCGCUCUCAGCUGGUCCCCAGUGCUCAGGAUGGCAUGCUGGACUACAACCAGUGGCUUGGGGAGCUCGCCAUCACAGAGCCCAAAAAAGAAGUCCUCAAUGCAAGUCUGCUGGAGACCAUGUACAAGCACCACUCCAAUCUGGAGACCAUCUUUAGAAUCAUAGACACAGACAACUCAGGUCUCAUCUCAUUUGAGGAGUUCCGUCAAACUUGGAAGCUUCUGAGUUCCCACCUGAAGACCAACAUCUCCGACGAGGCGAUCUCAGACCUGGCCCUCAGCAUCGACUUCAACAAAGACGGCAGCAUAGACAUCAACGAGUUCAUGGAGGCGUUCCGUCUGGUUGAGGGCACUGGCCUGGAAGAGGAGGGCCAGUGAUCUCCUCCACCUUGAGCACGAGAGACACAGUAGUUGGGGUCUCCACUCAGAGAUGUCCACACUGACUGUUUUCACAUUUGGUUUGCUCAUUCCACAAAGAAAUACUCAAAUGGCCCGGAUAUGUCAUUGGCACCUUCUAGAAGUAGUUCGAUUUCAAGCAGGGGAUUUCUGAGAUACUUUGGAAUUGAACUCUGCUGUGGUGAAUUGAAGAUGCUUGCUAUAUGAAAACAUGCAUUCGACCAGUUUUAAUAGAUAAAAGGAUUCUCCCGUUUUGUGUCAGUGUGUGUAACACAAAGAGCAUGGACAAAAGAAAGAACACCAAAGAACUAUAUAAGGAAGUCUCACAAGUUGGCUGCCUCAACAUGGACAAUAUUCAGGCUACAAGCCUCUGAAGACCUUGACUUGUUUGCACAGUGAAUAAUGUUAUCAAGAAGUUUAAGGUUCAUGCCACUGUUGCCAACCUAGCUU